UGGAAUUGCUUCAAGUCUUAUGUCGAUUUAUCACCAUCUCCCCUUACAUUUAAAGAGGUGCUUCGCAUACUGUUCUAUAUUCCCAAAAGACUAUGAAUUUGAGAAGACUCAGGUGGUUCUAUUAUGGAUGGCAGAAGGUUUGAUUCAACAAGAAGAGAACAUCGAAAUGGAAGAUUUGGGUAUGGAGUAUUUUGACAAUCUGGUUUCAUGGUCACUUUUUCAACAGUCUAGCAAGGACAAAUCAAGAUUUCUAAUGCAUGAGAUCGUCAAUUAUCUUGCUAAAUUGGCAGCAGGAGAUACAUGCUUUAGAAUGCAGGAGAGAGCUGAGGGAAAUGAGCAAGAUCAGGAUAAUUUUGAAAAGAUCCGCCACAUGUCUUACUUGGGUGGCGAAUACGAUAGUUUUGACAUGUUUGAGGUAUUUUCUAGACUCACUCAUUUACGUACCUUCUUACCUCUUACUCCAGUCACUUGUUAUCUGGAUUUUCGUGUUCCUCUUCAAUUGUACCCAAGAUUACAAAGGCUAAGGGUUCUCUCUCUAAGGGGGUACGUCAUAACUGGGCUAUCUGAUUCAAUUGGUAAGUUAAAGCUUCUAAGGUACCUCGACCUUUCCAAAACUUCGAUCAGAAGCAUGCCCGAAUCAAUAACUGAUCUCUACAACUUACAAACAUUGUUGUUAGAGGAUUGUUUUCAUUUAGAUAAAUUGCCUUCGAUGUUUGGGAACCUGGUCAACCUUCGCCACCUCAAUAUUCUAGGAGCAACUAAAUUGGAAGGAAUGCCUAGGCAAAUAGGUCAAUUAAAAUUUCUCCAAACACUGUCUAAUGUGGUUAUUGGAGACGGUGGUUGCUUCGGAAUAAAAGAUCUAGCAUCUUUGUCACAUCUUCAAGGGACACUCCGCAUUUCAAACUUGGAGAAAGUGACUGAACUCCAACAUGCAAGGGACGCUGAUUUAAUAAAUAAGACCAAAAUUAGUGUUUUGUCGUUGGAAUGGAGUGAAAGCAUGAGGGAUGGAACAAAUGAGUUAAAUGUACUCAACAUGCUACAGCCUCACAACGGUUUGAAAGUGCUUACUAUUAGCUGCUAUGGUGGUACAGAAUUUCCGAGUUGGUUAAAAAGUCCUUCCUUUCAUGAUAUGGUGGUCUUGACAAUUGAGAAUUGUAAAGAGUGCGAGUCAUUGCCACCAAUCGGGCAAUUACCAGCACUAAAAGUCCUUACCAUCCGCGGCAUGGCUAAAGUGAUGAAUGUUGGUCCUGAGUUUCGGGGGACUGGUUUCUCGCCUUUUAGAUCGUUGGAGACUUUGCAUUUCGAAAAUAUGAAAGAGUGGAAGGGCUGGAGUUCUUGUGAAGAAUUCCCAAAUUUAUGUGAGCUUUCACUUAGAAGUUGUCCCAAGCUAUCGGGAUAUAUACCGAAACACCUUCCUUUGCUAAAGAAGGUUCAGAUAGAUGGUUGUGGGAAGUUACCGAUCCUAGUUUCAAACUUUCCGGAUCUCUGUGAACUAGAAGUCGAGGGAUCAAAAGGAGUGGUGUGCAGAAGUAUGGAUGGCUUCAGCUCAUCAGAACUCAAGUUUCUUUCUAAAAGUUUAAGAUUCACAUCUCAAAUAGAAGGGUUUUCAAUGCAGGGGCUCACCAAUGCAGAAGAUCUAACUAUUUUUGCAUGUGAGGAGUUAAAAUGUUUGUGGUCUGUCGUUGAGGAACCAUCGCCACAUCUCCAAUUUCUUCGUCUUCUGCACAUUGAUAACUGUCCCAAACUAGUUUCUUUGGUGUCGGAAGAAGUAGAAGCACGCCUCCAACCGGGUACGCCAUCCAUGCUCUCAGAAAUCGUGAUCAAGAAUUGCAUGGUCCUGAAAUCCUUACCAAAGGCAAUGAUGUAUAACAACAAUUGUCUUCAGCUGAUUCGAAUUGUAAAAUGUCAUUCGCUAAAGCAUAUUGCAAGAGGCCAGCUACCACCAACUCUAGAGCGACUAGAGGUAAGUUACUGCCAGAAUAUGGAGAUCAUUUUGCUGGUGGAUAGUGAUACCAGCAGUUGCAGCAGCACCACAUCUCAACUUGAGUACUUGAGAAUCCAAUACUGUCCCUCUCUCAAAUCCUUGACAUCAUACAGAGAGUUACCUAGAUCACUCAAACACCUCAAUUUGUUUGGGUGUCCACAGCUGGAGUCAAUUGCGAACAGGUUUCAUUAUAACUCGUUUCUUGAAUGCAUUGAAAUCUCAGAUUGUGAAAACCUUCAGUCCCUACCCACUGGCAUCAACGCUCUCAGCACUCUACGUGAUAUUGAUAUUAGGAAUUGUCCGAGUCUUCAUUUGUCCUUGGACCGGGAUUUGCUCCCUGCCAACCUGAGAGCACUUCAUAUAUCUGACUGUGUGGAGGUGUCGGCCCUACCCGAAGCCAUACACAACCUCACCUCCCUUGAAAAAUUGACAAUGCACCAUUGUUCAGUAGUUCCUUUUCCGAGACCGAAUCUUCUCACCAACCUAGCAUCACUUACGAUAUCUCAUGUCAGAAACAGUACUGAUGCCUCUUUUGGGUGGGGGUUGGACAAUCUUAUCUCUCUUAAUAAACUUGAAAUUAGAAAACUUGAGCCGGUGUCCUUUUCAAAGAUGAUGUUUCCUGCCUCUCUAAAAAUCCUCACCAUCUCAGACUUUCCGAAUCUGCAACAUCUAUCUUCCAAGGGCUUUUCAAAACUCGCCUCUCUUAAAGAACUGUAUAUCUCUGAGUGCAGAAAGUUAGAGUUCUUUCCAAAGGAUGGCCUACCUCCCUCACUUCUGAAACUUUGUCUCACUAAGUGCGAAAAGCUACGGUCCUUUCCAAAAAAAGGGCUGCCUCUCUUACUGCAGGAACUUUACGUCUUUCAAUGUCCCAAGCUGGCAAAACGUUGCAAGAAAGAUCAAGGACGAGAAGGGAAAAAGAUUGCUCACGUCCUUCGCGUUCAAUUUCAUACAAAUCUCAAUCGAAGGCCAUCCGAUCCCCUUUGAAUCAUGUGGAUAUUGAAGGCAUCCAGUCCUUGCUAUUUAUUGCUCCAAGUCUGGUUGGUUUUGCCCAAAACAGAUCCAAUAAUUUUUAGUCAUCACACCCUUAGCAUUAAGGGAAAAGAUGAAGAUAGUCUUGCUCGACUAGAUAUUGAUGAUCUCCUUUGCACCGAACUGCAUGAUAAUGAACUGAUCAUGGAGCAAAUGAACAAGAAGAGAUGGUUCAAAACACAGGUGCAAGUGCCAUCUGAAAAUUGCAAUACGUGGAAGUACUACACUCACUGUCUUUGCCUGAAGUGAUCAUAACCUUGACUUCAAAUUUGAUACUCAGUUGUAAAUACUGUGCCGAAAGGGAGCGUAUGUUUAUGCAUUUAUGCCUAUUCUGAUAUUGGAGGUUGCCUAUAGAGACUCGACAGAUCAGACCUCUUUGUUCAUGAAAUAGACAUCCAUUUAGAACAUUUCCUAAAUAUCCAGAGGUGUGCAACUCCAGUACUUAAUUUACUCUGUUAAUA